AUGAGAAGAUCAACUGGGCUUCUUGCGCUUAUAACGCUUGCAGCAGCAACUCCAAUCCCUCAGCACAUGGAUCUGAGUGCUAUAGUCGAGCCUGAUGAGGUGGCUCCUCCAGUAACUAUUCCUAUGGGAGAAGGAGCCCUCAAUGAUACCAUAACUCCUCAUGCAAAAUUGUUGAAGCGCGAUUGGGAUUGCUCCGGUCAGGUGCUCGGAUCAGGCCCAGUGCCUUCAACGGAUACUCCAGAGGCAUUCCUGGCUUUCUCUAAAUUUUCAGAUGUCGCCAAUGGUGCGAAAAUUCCAGAAGGAUAUUCCUACAUGGGAUACUUUUCCCUAUCCAGUUAUGACACUGAAGCUUGCGCUGCCAAAUGCUCGACCACCAAAGGAUGUCUUUCCUUCAACAUCUUAUUCGAGCGUGAUCCGGAGAAGGUUCCUGCUAUAGCCUGCCCCAAUCCUGCAUCAACUACUGUUAUCAAAUGUGUCUUGUGGGGCACUGUCCUUUCCCCGGAAACUGCUACCAACGAUGGUCAGUGGCGUAACGACUUUCGUGUUGUAAUCGCUGGCUCUAACGGCUAUGUUCGUAACCCAUCCGCCGCUGAGUCGGUUCCCGGGUACACUGGUACCUUCGUUGGCAACAAGGCCGUCAACGCACCUUCGGAUUGUAAUGGUCGCGACACAUAUAUUACCUACAAGGAAUUAAGCGAUGGUGCUCCGUUUGAUCCAUCCCGCUGCGCUACCGCUUGCGAGGCCGAAUCUCGGUUCAAUAUCGACCAUCUGAAUUCCAGGAGCAUCUGCCGGUUCUUCAACACGUACAUCCUCAUGAAGAAUGGAGUGCCGCAAGCUCAGAUAUGUUCAAUGUACAACACUACGUGGCCAAACACACCAGAUGUCAUCUCCAACGAGGGACAAUGGCGUGGCAGCGAUCACUACACGAUAGCCUAUUCAGAGAUCUACUCGAAUGAUGCCGAUCCCGGUCAGCCCAUCUGCGAUUCUGAUAUUUCAUACUUGAGACAACCAGAGAAUGCUGCCUUCUGUUCAUCCUACAUCAAAUAUGUUGCACCCACCAGUAUAGUGUCCGCGGGUUCAACUAUCAGCACUGUCACUGUCACCACUGUCGAUUCCACCGUUACCUCGACUCCCAAUCCAGUUACAACCUCUACCAUUAUCACUUCCUACGAUCCAACUACAGUGGUAGAUACUGUUACCACGACUGUUACCCAGCCAGCUCCUGCACGUUUGCGACGGUUCGCCAACAACGCCACAACCACAGCCUACUCUAUCAACACCGAUAUUUGGCCCUAUGUAGAUCUACCAGCCUCUGUUGUGUCUUCUCUUAUCGCUGCUAGUCCUGAUCUGGCGAAACGCGCGGCAUUGCCUACCCCUGCAUCUUUUGCGAACUGGCCGGGAUCACUGCUAUCGGCCGCCUGUUCGCAGGUUGCAACUGACACAAUAACAGAGACCCAAAUCACAGCCACUUCAACUGUUUUUACCACGACUCAGACUGUGAUCAGCACUACUAUUGAUGUCGCACCGACUCCUACUACUACCAUCGCCACAACGCUCCGGAUCGCUACGACUAUCCGAUCGACUACGACUUCCACUACUACUGUUCAAGCCGCUGCCCCAGCCAGAAGUUGCGUACCUAUCUAUGGAUGCUUUACAGUCAAAGACACAAUCUCUGGAGGCUAUAUGGGCGUGGAUCCCCGCAACUUUGCAACAUUGUCCACUACCAACAAAGCUAUUUUCAAGCAAUACGCCGUGGGAAUGAACAAUUGUUUCCUCAGAACUUCCACCAACCUUGUAUACUCCGAUGUAUCAUAUCGAGUCUCAUCCUCCGUGUCUUCAACUGGAUUUCUCAAUAGUAGUUACUUUAGACCCGGGAUAUCGGGUGAUUCUUCAGUUGAAUUCACAACCUGUAGGACAACACCGAAUGCUGGUUUGCAAUGCAUUCACGCUGCCCACGAGUCAAGUGUGCUCUUAUCCUCUUCUACGGGACAGCUGAUUUUCUAUCAUAACCCUCCAGCGUCACAGACACCUGUGAACCUGGUUAGAGAGACGGUCGCUUGUCCUGCGGGCUUCUGA